CGCGUACGGACCUCGUGGCGCGCGCCUUAUACAGAGCUCCGAGAGAGCAGCCCGCCUUUUUAUUUUGAGUUUUAUUUUGAGUUUGAGAGAGAGUCCAACUUUUGAAUUUCAUCGACUACGGAGUGUAGUUUAGUGCGUGAGAGGCUACGGCGCGGCUGCCCCGAGUCGUCUGCUGCUUUUACACUCUCGCAGGAACUUUGCUCGAGUCUCGUGAUCGCUCGUUGUGUUGUUGUGUUUAAUUAAAGAGUCCAUAAACGUGAUAGUGUGGCAUUUACUCAAAAGGAUUUCACAUUACAAGAACGAUGACUUCCAUCUAUCUCGUACUGGCCAUCCUCGUUCUCGGAUGUAGCGGCCUGGCUCGUUCUCAGUGGGACGCUUCGGAGCAGGCCAUAGGGGAGGACCAGUGCGACUUGGCCGUCCGAGAAAUUGUCAAGGAGGACCGAGCUACGUCCGUCGACGAGUCUCCGAAUAGGUUACACUCCACUUGGAUAUCACAAGAAUGCGAGAGCAGAACAGGGCCGGAAUUCGUGAUCCGCAAGUACACGUUCUUCGAGAACGGCACCUUCCUGUUGAUGCGCCAUUACUACGCCGAGGAGUCGUGCAGCAUAGCCACGCACUCGGUCACGGCUCGGGGCCACAUCAAGAUCCUGGGCAGCUCGCUCGUGACGCCGGGCGCCACCGAGGCCAGAUACCAACUGGACAGCGUGCACGUGUCGCCGCUCAACCGACAGGUGGCACACAAACUCAGCCACCGAGUGAACGUGUCGUGCGGACCUCAGCCUCGCUGGCGGCCGUACACGGCCCAGCUGAUUUACGAGCGGGCCCCGGGACGAUUCGGGCCCGCCGGUUCCUCGCACACUUGGCAGGCCUCGAGUUACAACUCGCUCCAGGGCCAUCACGUGGGCCUCGGCGGCUCGGCCGCGAGACUCGGCAAGAGCGUCGACUGCCUCGCGCCACUGGGCAUCGAUUUCGAGGAGCUGAGGCUGCUCAGAGUACAAAGAAGGCCGACCGGCUUCAGAUCACUCAAUCUCGGCCUGAACGACAAGCCGAGGAUCGAGCUGUUUUUCGGCAGUCUGCCACCGGAUCACGCCUCCAAGAGGACGCACAGGCCCACCUCGCUGCAGCCGGCACCGCUUUUGAGGAUCGAUACGAUUCAUAACUGCCCAAUUUGCGGAGCAAUCGCCAGAGGCACGGAAAACAGCCCGCCUCUUCUGCACGAGACCGUGGCACUGCCGGCCCUCCUCGGCGGCUCGUGGAUCAGUCCAUCGUGCGAGAGCCACUCGGGCGGGCUCUGGCUGCGCCGUCAACUGCGCGUCUACGCCGGCGACAAGCUGUGGACCGGCCGCUGGGACUACUUCAGCGAUCCCCGCUGCAGCAACUACCUGUACGGCAUCACUGCGGCCGGCAGCUACGUCCAGCGGGCCCGACGCCACAGACGCCACGACCUGUCGUCGCGCGAGCAGCAGCAGCUCGACAUGUUCGACGAGCAGCGGAGCAAGCGAUCCGUCGACGAGGUCGACUACUACCGGCACCUGCUGCAGACCGCCCAGCCUUCCAUGGCCGAGUCCUUCGCGGCGAUGCUGCGCGGCAACCAACGCCGCGAGGAGACCACCGCCGCCUCGACGAGGCCGAAGCCGUCCUCGCCCGCGCCCACCGGCACCACCGAGCUCGAUCUCCACGUGGCCGAGAGUCUGCUCAUAGCCGGCGACGGGGCCCUGGCGCGCCGCUGCGGCGCCGUGCUCGCCCUCGACGGCCAGACCCCCAAGUCCCAGAGGCUCAGCAGCUGGCCCUCGAGCUGCGUGCCCCACUCGCUGGACGCGCCCUCGACCCUGGGCCUCCGAGCUCGCAUCAGCGUCGACUGGUACGGCCAGUACACUCUGGUCUUGGGUUCGCGGGAGCGCACCAUGUGGGAAGCCCCGUUGAUACAGUGCGGCCCGACCAGCAUGAAAAAUCCCUUGCUCAGGUCGCACCUGCGCCGAAGCGUCGGUCUGAGAUUCGGCCUGCUAUUUAGCAACAGUGGCAACAGUCUGCCCAGCAAUUCGCUUCUAUUGCUGCUAAGUCAACUGGCCUUGCUAUGCUUGGGAGUUGUGGCCGUCCGAUGAGCACUGCUGCUGCUGCUGCUGCUGCUGCU